AUGACACCGACACAUGGUGACCCUGGCCGUUCAAUCGAGCAAAUCGAUUGGACUAGCAUUGACCCUGCAUAUGAUCCGCUUCAAUCUCACGGUCUGUUAGAUUUCAGAGCUGACAGUGACAUGAGGUUUGACGAUGUCGCCAUGGGCCUCGGAGAUUUACCGUGCAGCCCUUCAUUCUAUUAUAAUGGAAUCUUGUUAGAACCCAAGUCUUCUGUCGUUGUUCCCUCGCAGCCUCAGAAACUUGACUCUGAUGGUCGACCUCUUGCACUUGGCCAUGCAGCCUAUAAGGAAUCUGCAUUGGGCAUGUGGGAGCCUACUCAACGGGAUCAUAUCAACUCGAAUACCAAGGCUCUCUCCGUCCUUGGGGAGAGCCCACAUGAUCCCAUGAUCUUGUCAGGUCUUGAUGAGAACCCCUCUCAACAAUUCAGCCCACUUCAUAGCAGCCUCAGAGACCAGAUGCUGCUGCUGACGCUGAAUGCUUGCAAACCCGAGAGCAAGCUCGCCAUAAUCCGAGCAUUUCCCACCCCCGAGAUAUUAUCCAAGCUCAUCCAGAGCUUCUUCACUCAUCAUCGGAGCCAACCUGACUCUUUCAUUCAUGGUCCCUCGUUUGAACCCAAUGAGCAAGGGCCUGAGUUUAUCUUGGCUCUCGCCAACAUUGCAACCACAUUCGCCGACUCCAAGGUCCUGCAUUCACUAGGAUUCUCUCUCCAUGAGGUAGUGCGCGUAUCGCUGCCCAAGAUGUUUGAGCAAGCCAACUCAUUGACGAGAGCUCUGGACGCUUUACAGGCUUUUGUCCUUGACAUUGAGAUGGGGCUAUGGAGCGGUCUUAAGAGGAAGAUGGAGAUUGCAGAGAGCCAGCGCCAGAUGCCAUACACGAUGCUACGACGAGGUGGUAAAUUUGGCAGAGCUGAUCAAUCCGCUUCUCCUCCGCUGCCAGAGGAUGUGGGUGAUGUUUUGCAAAAGAAGUGGCUAGCUUGGAUUGAACAAGAGAGCUCUAACCGACUAGUAUACCAUACAUUCAUCAUGGACACCCAAGUCAGUAUCGGCAUGUCAACCCAGCCGUUGUUAUCCUUUUCCGAGUUCAAGACGCCAAUGCCUGAGUCAAGAGAUUUGUGGCUUGCCCCGAAUGCGGAAGCGUGGAAGGCCCAGUACCUGAGAAAAGAACGUGACGAAAACAGGCUGAGCCUGCUGUUAUAUCUUCGAGAGUCUGCCGAGAUUGACGACACGUAUGACAUCUCCUUCUGUCGGUUGAUCAUACUCUGUGGGAUCUGGGGUAUGAUUUGGCAAGGCCUCCAGACGGAGGCCGUGCUGGGCAAGCCAAAACACUCUGAUGCAGCAUCCAAGCUUCGGCACCAAGAGAUAUUGCAGACUCUCAAAUGCUUUGUCUUGAACAUGCCGGAAGAGGAAACACCCUCCCAUGAUGCGUCAUCUACACUACUAUACGAGCUGGUCCAGAUGCACCUGCACAUGCCAUUUGAGGAGGUCGAACUCUUCGCAGGCAAGGGAGACCAGAAUGAUGCACGCCACGCACUACCCUUACUCUCGGACUGGGCUAGCAGCGAGGAGGCGAGGAAGGCCAUCUGGCAUGCUGGCCAGGUCCUGCGAGCGGCAGAGCAAUUCGCACCAGCCCAGCUUCGAGGAUUCUAUACUAUUGCCCUAUACCAAGCCAACCUUGCCCUCUGGGCUUACGCGGUAGUCUCUCAAGUCAAUGGUCUUGACAGGGAGCAAUCGUUACAGCCAACAGGCGCAGCUGUCUGUCUGAAUGGGCCUGACUCGCCGACCAUACAGAGGUUUAUUAGUCGCGGGAAACCAGCCAUGGCUUCAAUCAGACCGCAUUCUUCGCAAAGCGAUGACGUGUGUAUCUCACUGAUGGACCAAGAAGCGGUUGUUGACAAUGUUGUUGGGAUUUUGGGGGCCAACUUUGCACACUGCGAGGCUCUUCCGCCUCUGGUCGAGAAUCUUCAACAGCUGCUCGGCAAUCUCGGCCGGGCCGCGACAAGCAUCCGAGACUACCGCGCAGCUUGA